AUGUCCACCUCUCCAGAUGCCUACCUCUCCUUCGUUCAUCCCGACCAGUCAACGAGUCAGAAAGAAAACUCCAAAGCAGCACACAGACUCUGGUCUACCUCUCGAACCUCCGACUCAACUAAACCCCUCGACUCACGCCUUAUAUUCGGGGAUGAUAAUUCGAUAAAAAGCAUAGUCAGCCUUGGCGACUCUUCGUCUUUCUCGAAGAAACCACUACAUGCGCGGAGAGAAGUGAUUCGUAAAGCUGCAGGGAAGGGUAUCACGAAUAUUCGUGACGUAGCUCUGAGCGCAGGGGUGAAGACCGUACAGGUGGAUGCUGGGGGUGAUCCUGCUGAUGUGCACGCUGCUGCGGUCGGUGCGAAGCUUGGGUUGCACGCGUUCACACUCAAGACAGGGAAGGAUAUGAACCCGGGAAAAGAUAUCACUUUACUCCCUUCACAAUCAAGUGACACAGAUGCUUGGACACGAGGUACUGUCUACGCUGAAGCGCAGAUUCUUGCAAGAGAGCUCAUGGAACUCCCUGGGAACAUGAUGACACCAACGCUUUUCUGUGAACGAAUAAAGAAAGAAGCAGAGGGCCUUGAAAACCUCGAAAUAAUAGUCCGCGAUCAAGAAUGGAUACGAGAAAAAGGAAUGCGCUCUUUCCUCAGCGUCGCUAAAGGAUCGUCUGAGCCCCCUAAACUACUCGAAAUCCAUUACAAAGGCACCAGUGUGGACUCGACGUCACAACCUCUUGCAUUUGUCGGAAAAGGAAUAACAUUCGACUCUGGAGGGAUCUCUCUGAAGCCCGGUCCAGGCAUGAAGCUCAUGCGGGGAGACAUGGGUGGAGCAGCAACAGUCUGCGCAGCUACGCUCGGCCUUGCACGUUUAAAAGUCCCGAUAAAUGUCGUUACUGUCGUCGCGUUGUGUGAAAACAUGCCGGGUCCUUCUGCAAAUAAACCUGGGGACAUUGUGUAUGCGAUGAACGGCAAGUCGAUCGAGAUUGACAAUACGGAUGCAGAAGGAAGGUUAAUACUAGCUGAUGCGUUGCAUUACACAUCAACGACGUUCAACGUUCAUACUCUCGUGGACGUUGCUACUCUCACCGGAGCGAUGGAAGUUGGCCUCGGAAACGUCUACUCCGGUGUCUUCUCCACUUCAGAAAGCCUCUGGACAGAACUCAACACAGCCGGAACACACGAACACGACCUCUUCUGGCGGAUGCCUCUCUCCUCCCUUUAUUCUCCUCAAAUAACAGGUUCCAAUGCCGAUCUCUGCAACACAGGAGGAAAACCAGGUGGUUGUUGUACUGCUGCGCUUUUCCUUCGUUCAUUCGUCGAUGGAAUUGCGGACGAAGACGGUGGGAGUGAAAGUGAGAUGGAAGGAAAGACAGAAAGUGGGAAACUGAGAUGGGCGCAUAUUGAUAUUGCGGGGAGUAUGGAGGCGACGAGGAGUGAGCCGUACCAGUAUAAGGGGAUGACUGGUCGUCCGACGCGGGCACUGAUCGAAUUCGCACACUGGAUGACACAAAAAUAA